AUGGCCCCAGCUACCCCUAAAGCUUCUAAGACUGCCCAGUUUAAGAAUGGCUCCACGUCGUCCCAAAAAAAAAUGAAACAGUCAAGUUUACUGUCAUUUUUCUCCAAACAAGCAUCUUCUGCGACGCCCACCAAAGGAGCACCUCAAGCUAUUCCAUCGAGUUCACAAAACCCAGCUACUAGUAAGACAACGGAGAAGUCAGAAGAUAAAAAGUCCAAACAGCUUUUUGUAGAUAUAGAUGACAACAAUGAUAUGACAAUGGCUGAAGAAACGCCGUCAAGUACCAGUCAUUCUCAAGAGUUCCAGUCAGAUACCUUACUAAACACUAAUACAACUGAAGUUAAGAACGCCAUUGCAGAUGAUGAUUCGUCAUCCUCUUCACAAACUCGAAGAAACCAUAAAAGAACGAUCAAUUAUGCUGAAAGUGAUGAAGAAGACUCUAGCACUUUGUCUACCAACAAACGAAAGAGGAGUAAAGUGAUUGACAGCGAAAGUGAUGAAGACGAAUAUGUACCCGAUAAAAAUGAUGUGGAAGCUGAAGAUGAUGAAGAUAACGAUAUUAUAGAAGCCAAAGAAGACAUCAAAGACGAAUUGGCAGAUAAUGAUGGUGGAGAUGAUGACGAUGAUGAUCUGUUGUCCUUAGUGGAGUCGUCUUCAAAGAGAAAGUCAUCAAAUACUUCCCAUUCUUCAUCACCUUUUGCAAGAAACACAUCACAUAGCAUUUCAAAGAAUGCGAGUAGACCAAAUCAAGGCCAAAGAAAAUCUUACACUCCUCCUCACACCCAAAAAUCAAUGGUUUCUAAAUCCAGCAAAUUCAAUAAACAAAAUGAAGAGAGAUAUCAAUGGCUAGUUGAUGAACGUGACGCCCAGCGCCGUUCCAAAAGUGAUCCGGAGUAUGAUCCAAGAACACUGUAUAUCCCAUCCUCUGCAUGGAACAAAUUUACACCGUUCGAAAAACAAUACUGGGAAAUUAAAUCCAAAAUGUGGGAUUGCAUUGUUUUCUUUAAAAAGGGUAAGUUCUUUGAACUUUAUGAGAAAGAUGCCUUAUUGGCUAAUGCCUUAUUUGAUUUGAAGAUUGCAGGUGGCGGACGUGCUAAUAUGCAAUUGGCCGGUAUCCCAGAAAUGUCGUUCGAAUACUGGGCAGCUCAGUUCAUUCAGAUGGGGUAUAAAGUUGCCAAGGUGGACCAAAGAGAAUCAAUGCUUGCUAAAGAAAUGAGAGAAGGUUCGAAGGGUAUCGUUAAAAGAGAACUACAAUGUAUACUAACCUCAGGUACUUUAACUGAUGGCGAUAUGUUACAUUCGGACUUAGCAACCUAUUGUCUCGCUAUAAGAGAAGAGUCCGGUAAUUACUAUAACCCAACCGAAUUAGAUACGUCGACCACGGCUAAAAAGUUGAACACGAAAAUAUUCGGUGUGGCCUUUAUUGAUACUGCCACUGGUGAACUUCAAAUGUUGGAGUUUGAAGAUGAUAGUGAGUGCACGAAACUAGACACGUUGAUGUCUCAAGUGAGACCUAUGGAAGUUGUUAUGGAGAGGAAUAAUUUGAGCACACUGGCUAACAAAAUCGUCAAGUUUAAUUCUGCCCCCAAUGCAAUUUUCAAUGACGUAAAAGCCGGUGAAGAAUUCUAUGACUUUGAUAAAACUUAUUCUGAAAUAAUAUCAUCUGGAUACUUUUCUACAGAAGAAGAUUGGCCAGAAAUUUUAAAGACGUACCAUGAUAUGGGGAAGAAAGUUGGUUUUAGUGCAUUUGGUGGAUUGUUGUACUAUUUGAAAUGGCUAAAGUUAGAUGAAAAUCUAAUUUCGAUGAAAAAUAUCAAAGAGUACAAUUUUGUUAAAUCGCAAAACUCCAUGGUUUUGGAUGGUAUCACUUUACAAAACUUAGAGAUUUUUUCCAAUUCGUUUGAUGGUUCCGAUAAGGGAACACUGUUCAAACUAUUUAACAGGGCCAUUACUCCAAUGGGUAAGAGAAUGAUGAAAAAAUGGUUAAUGCAUCCACUAUUGCAUAAGAACGAUAUUGAAAAGAGACUCGACAGCGUUGACUCUUUAUUACAAGAUAUCACUCUAAGAGAAGAACUUGAAAUGACGUUUUCUAAGCUGCCUGAUCUAGAGAGAAUGCUGGCCCGUAUCCACAGCCGAACAAUUAAAGUGAAAGAUUUCGAAAAAGUCAUUACAGCAUUUGAAACGAUUGUUCAAUUGCAAAACUCUCUACAAAAUAAUAAUUUAAAGGGAGAUGUUUCGGAUUACAUAUCAUCUUUCCCCAAGGGGCUUGUGGAAGGUGUUGAAAACUGGACAAACGCGUUUGAAAGACAAAGAGCAAUCAACGAAAAUAUUAUUGUCCCACAGAGGGGAUUUGAUGUGGAAUUCGAUAAAUCACUGGAUAAAAUACAGGAGUUGAAAGACGAAUUGAUGGAAAUAUUAAUGAGGUACAGAAAGCAGUUCAAAUGUUCGAACAUACAAUAUAAAGAUUCUGGUAAGGAAAUUUACACUGUCGAAAUUCCAGUUUCUGCAACCAAAAGCGUCCCAUCAAAUUGGGUUCAAAUGGCAGCAAACAAAACCUAUAAAAGAUAUUACUCUGAUGAAGUAAGAACUUUAGCGAGAUCGAUGGCAGAGGCCAAGGAAUUACACAAGACUCUAGAAGAAGAUAUAAAGAAUAGGCUAUGUCAAAAAUUCGACGUACACUAUAAUUCGAUUUGGAUGCCCACUAUACAAGCUAUCUCUAAUAUAGACUGUCUGUUGUCUAUAACAAGAACAUCCGAAUCUUUAGGCGCUCCCUCUUGUAGGCCGAUUAUUGUGGAUGAAUUCGAUCCAAAAACAAAUGCCAAAAUGAACGGUUACUUGAAUUUCAAGUCAUUGAGGCAUCCAUGUUUUAAUCUCGGUGCUACCACCGCAAGAGACUUUAUCCCUAAUGACGUUGAGUUAGGUAAGGAUCAACCUCAAUUGGGAUUGUUGACAGGUGCCAAUGCGGCAGGUAAAUCAACAGUAUUAAGAAUGACAUGUAUCGCCGUAAUUAUGGCACAAAUGGGCUGCUACGUACCCUGUGAAUCUGCUGUUUUGACGCCAAUGGAUAGAAUCAUGACGCGUUUAGGGGCCAAUGAUAAUAUAAUGCAAGGUAAAUCCACAUUUUUCGUGGAGUUGGCUGAAACGAAAAAAAUACUAGAUAUGGCAACAAACAGAUCGUUGUUGGUUGUUGACGAGCUGGGGAGAGGCGGUUCAUCAAGCGAUGGGUUUGCCAUUGCAGAAAGUGUGCUACACCACGUGGCGACACAUAUUCAAAGUUUAGGAUUUUUCGCCACACAUUACGGUACACUGGCACUAAGUUUUAAACACCAUCCCCAAGUAAGGCCAUUGAAAAUGAGCAUUCUGGUGGAUGAAGGAACCAGGAACGUGACUUUUCUGUACAAGAUGGUCGAAGGCCAAAGUGAAGGUUCAUUCGGUAUGCAUGUGGCGUCAAUGUGUGGGAUUUCAAAGAGUAUUAUCGACAAUGCGCAGAUUGCAGCAGACAAUUUGGAGCAUACAUCUAGAUUAGUCAAAGAACGUGAUUUGGCAGUCAACAAUUUAAAAGGAGAAGUUCUCUCUUUAUCUGGUGGCUUACAGAGCGAUUUCGUUCGGAUUGUGUACGGAGAUGGGUUGAAAAAUUCAAAAUUGGGUUCCGGAGAAGGCGUUUUGAAUUAUGAUUGGAACAUUAAAAAAAAUGUCUUGAAAAAUCUCUUCAGUAUGAUCGAUGGUUUGGAUUCUUAG